UUUAAAGUGGCAUAAAAUCUGAGAGCACUAUACUUACAAGCUCAGGAAUGUGUUGGUAAACAUGGGGAUUGUAGGCUUGUAAUUUCCACUACUAUUGUUGGACUACAUUAUAGUUAUAACAUGUUUCUGAAAGCUGUCGUGGUGUUCUUUUGCGUCUUCGGUUUCGUCCGUUCGUAUGAGGCCAAGACGGCGCUAAUUGUAGUCGAUGUUCAGAAUUGUUUUCUAUAUGGUGGGACGCUUGCUGUCGGCCAUGGCAAUGAAGUCAUAGCCGUUAUAAACAACAUCCGGUCUCAUUACGAUAAGCUGAUCGCACUGACGGUGUUCACUCAGGACUGGCACUGUUGGAAUCACGUGUCAUUUGCGUCCCAGCAUAGCGGCAAAAAAGAUUAUGACGUCAUCAAUCUGACCUACAACGACAAAGGCGAAUUGUGUACGUCAAACGACCCAAGAUGUGUCGUCAAGUACAAUAUCUCUCAGACGCUUUGGCCGGACCAUUGCGUCAUCAACACGACAGAUGCGAAGAUCAGUGCGAACAUGAGCAUACAACAGGGUGACGUCAUUGUUCAGAAAGGAUACCACUGCCAGGUUGAUUCGUACUCCGGAUUCUACGACAAUGGCGGUUUUUCGCACACAGAAAUGAACGACGUUCUGAAGAAGAACGGGAUUACACAGGUGCUCGUUACCGGACUAGCGCUCGACUUCUGUGUGUAUUACACUUCAAAGGACGCCAAAAAGCUGGGUUACGACACAUUUUUUAUUCUCGACGCUACACGUCCCGUCUUCGAGAGUAACGUUAAAAACGUCACCGCUGAUCUGCUUUCAAAAGGUGUCCACGUCAUCAACUCCACUGACAUCGGCGACUACAUAAGAGCAUCAGCGACCCGUGACAUCGGCGACUACAUAAGAGCAUCAGCAACGCGGGCAUCAAGCUUUACAGCUCUCGUAACUGUCUUCGUUUAUUUCUGUAUUUAAGUGAUUUCGCGAAUUGUUUUGUUUUAAUUACAUUCCGAAUGAAUAUUGACGAACAGUCAUCUCCUUUAACAAACCAUUAUUUAGAUGCAUUAAAUAGAAAAUAUUUUGCAACUGAUGGUAUUAUUUAAAUGCAUUUUAUUAAAAAUGAAUUGUUAUUUGGUGUUAUCAUUUUGAUGCAUUUAAUAAAAUAAUUUGGUCCUGGAAAUAUAAUUUGGAUACAUUAUAUAACAAUAUGUUGCAAAAGCUGUGAUCGUUUAGAUGUCUGUGAUAAAAAAAUGUUGCAACAGGUGUGAUAACUUAGAUGCAUAUAAUAAACACGUAGUGCUACUGUUGUUAUCAUUUAGAUGUAUGCAAUAAAUUGCGUUGGUACUGGCGUUACAAUUUAGAUGCAUUAAACAAAAAUACUGUGAUACUGGUAUUGUGUAUGUCUUUAGGAUUAUAUUUGGUUGAUGUUUUGUCACCCAUUAUCAUACAAUAUAACUUAUCAACAGAACUGUUCCCCCUGUUGAAGCACGGCUUGUGCAAACUAGUAAAUGUCAAAUCGCUUCAACUGUUCCAAGAUAAGGUAAGCAGGGUAUAUCCUUCACGCAGGGUUUAUCCUUCACGCAUGGUAUAUCCUUCGCGCAGGGUAUAUCCUUCGCCUAUGGUAGGCUGCGUCCGUCUGCAUUUCUUUACCGCUGCAUAACUGCCUGGAUGCAAUUUAAAGUAAGUUCAAAUAUGUAUUUACCAUUACAAAACGGCGUGUCGUCUACAGCUGCAAUUCUGCAAGGUCGACGUAACAAUUCAAGGUUAAAAAGCAAAUUGUGUUAGUUGUUUUAUACUCUGCAACGUUUAAAUGCCUAACUAGGUUUUGUAGGAAAUCCACACGUUAAUGCAUAAUCAGGCGACGAGUUGCGUACAUUUCCUAUGCUAUUUAGUUAAUGUCUUUAGGUCAAUGUACAAUGUAACAAUUUAGCGUUAAGGGCCAACGAUAUUUUUCGUCACAGAACUCCUAAAUGUGUACUACCAUUUUUAUAAAACUUAAGCCAUUGUAAUUCACAAUGACAAAAAGGUGUCGCGUACAAAAUGUACCUCCCAAUGAUAAAGAUUGUUCCGGGCCUGAUUUAUUAGUAUUAGGAUUCUCUAAAAAGCUUUCAGUGUCAAUAUAUUUUAUUUCAGGUGAAUUAGUGUUUAAGUUGUUAUAAAAUACUUCUGCUUCUUUUAAAAAUUUUGAUUGCUCAUAUAUAACAUUCCCAUCAAGCGUUUCUAAGAAAGGUAUUGUUUUGUAAGUGUAAUUGUACUUUUCUAAAUUGCAUAAGAAAUGUGUUGUUUUUUCUCCAUUUUCUAUCCAUUUAGUUUAUCAACGAAUUAUAUUCCUUUAUUUUGUUCGUCUCUUAUUUAUUGUUAUUCAUUUUGGAGAUUGAUCAAUAACAUUUCAUGAUCCUAAUUCAAAUUAUUCUCAAUAACUUCAUUUUUGUAUAAACUCGUGUUUUCAAUUAAUUUGGCAUUUCUUUUUUUAAGGUCGAUAUUAAAUUUAAAAGCCUCUAAUUUCCACCAAAAGAGUUUCUAAGAACAGGUGGUCAUUAAUUUGAAAAUCUCUAUUAGCAUUUCACACAAAUGAACUAUUUUCGAAUUUUUACACUGUUAGAGCAUAUUGUAUUGUAAUUGUUCUGUUUUUAUUAUUUAUGUAAGUAAUAUAGACUUUCUCUAAAAGGAGAGAGUUGCUAAAUUUCCAAAUCCCUUAACCAUGUGGAAUAUUUUCAAAGUUUAAUUGAUAACCAAAUGGUAAGAACGAUAGCUAAUUCCGAUUUUACAAUCUCGAUAUGGGGUUAGAAGUAAUACGUGACCAAGAGAAAUUAAGCAUUGCCUGUUGUAAAUGAUUCGCUCUACGCCAGGAGAAUUUCUUUCGUUUCUCAUGUAUUUCUCUGUACGGAUCAUGUAAUUUUGUAUCAGUGAUAAAGUUUAUUAACGU